GCCCCGCUGACGAUCUGCCGGCCACCAGAGUGAUCCUGGAAGCAGCCUGUCCCAGAGCCUCCCUGGGGGGCCCAGACCACCAGCACCUGCAGCAGAGAAACCAGCGAGCCCACAGGACGUUGGCCCCACAGAACUACCAAGUAUACACUGAUUGACGAACAGGACAUCCCCCUGGUGGAGAGUUACUCCUUCGAGGCCCGGAUGGAAGUAGACGCAGAUGGAAAUGGUGCUAAGAUAUUUGCUUAUGCCUUUGACAAGAACCGAGGACGGGGCUCUGGACGGCUGCUGCAUGAGCUGCUGUGGGAGCGGCACAGGGGUGGUGUCGCCCCCGGCUUCCAGGUGGUGCAUCUCAAUGCUGUGACCGUGGACAACCGGUUGGACAACCUGCAGCUGGUGCCCUGGGGCUGGCGACCCAAGGCCGAGGAGCUCUCCAGCAAGCAGAGGGAGCAGAGCUUGUACUGGCUGGCGAUUCAGCAGCUCCCCAUGGACCCCAUUGAGGAACAGUUCCCUGUCCUGAAUGUCACCCGGUACUACAAUGCCAAUGGGGACGUGGUGGAGGAGGAGGAGAAUUCCUGCACCUACUAUGAGUGUCACUACCCACCCUGCACAAUGAUCGAGAAGCAGCUCCGUGAGUUCAACAUCUGUGGGCGGUGCCAGGUGGCCCGCUACUGCGGCUCGCAGUGCCAGCAGAAGGACUGGCCCGCCCAUAAGAAGCACUGCCGCGAGAAAAAGCGCCCUUUCCAGCACGAGCUUGAGCCGGAGCGGUGACUGUGUGGCGCAGGCCCCACUGCAGCCGGACCCACGCUCGGAGCCGGGCCCUCAGGCACAGCGGACACACACUGGUGGUUGGACCUGCAGGCACCGUGCAGCCCAGUAACGCGCCCAGUGCCCCUCGUGCGGGUGCUUCCAGUGCUACUCACUCGGAGACAGUGGGAGGCCCGCAGGACGUUGUCAUUAUUUAUAUGUUAAUAUGUUUGUAAACUCGUGUACAGUUUUUUUGGGGGGAGGCAGUGGGAGGGUUAGAAAUCACAAGUAGAAUCGUUUGCUGUGAUCCUCAAAACGGUCAGCUGUUGGGCCACGCGUCUCAGAUGGCCUUGGAGUGGACGCUUCUCUCCCGGGCACGCAGAGUCAGCAGCGAGCAGAGGAGGGUGAGCCCUGGCGCCUGUGUGGCGCCAUCUGCAUGGAAAUCGUGUUUACAGGCAAAGUAAAGGGGCGAGUCACGCAGCCCUGACUGCUCUCCUCCUCACCUUGUGCCGCUGAGCUUUCUGGUUGAGUCGACUUGGGGAACCUUGGACGGGGGGAGGGCCGCUGG